AUGACCGUUGACAAGAAUUUCCUUUCCCCUCGAGAUAUUGUUCACGAUGGUCAAGUAUGUCUCAAUGGGCCCCGCAUCAUGAAUGGCACCAAGUUUGCCAUAGCAUGCUUGAACCUGCCGCAGUCCGUUUCGGGAAUACGUGAGCGUGCUCAUAUUGACGAUAAAACAUAUAACCAUUACGCCGAUAUCCUCCUAAAGCUCUUGAAGGUCUUUGUGAGGAUGUUCGAAAUUGCCGAUGACUUUAGAAACACUGUAAACGUGCUAAACACCGCGUGCUCGAACACCCAAGAUUUUGCAAAAUUAGCCGAAUCCACUUUCCCCGAGUUAUUUGAUUGCUUCAGCAAGUACCGUAAAAGCCCAACGACUGAGAUGCAUGAUAAGAUCAAUAAAAUCAACAUGGAAUGCAUUGUAUCGGCUAACAUUGCCACUCGCAAUGCCGGUUUGAUUGGUAUCGGGGGAUUGGUACGAGACUGGCAGAGCGAACAGCAAGACUUGCAGAACGUCUACCGGGAACUGAUUGAAAGAAUGAAAGCAGCCGAAUUCAUGCAAAUAAUUGAGAAGCUCUUUGGUAUCAGUGGUGGUAUAUCCGGUUUAGAAAACCUGAAGACAUGGGUUGAGGAGCUCGAUACAGAAGCUGGCAGUGCCAUUAACGAUCUAAAAGCUUUUGAAGGUUCCUGGCAUGCUAUCGACAGUGACUCUAUUGCCCUGCAGGAAUUGCUCCAGGACCCUCACAGCAAGGACACGGACAGGCUCUUGCAAGUGGAGCUUGCACAUUUGCUAGAGGGAUGGAAGACUGUCAAAAGUAAAGUUGAAGAAUUGCAGCAGGAGUUCAUUCAGAAGGCGCUGGAUAUGCUAAACAGUGCUCCCCACCGCUGA